AACCCUAAUCUGAAAGCAAACAAAAACAGCAGAGGCACAAACAAAAACAGCAUCAUCAUCAUCAAGAACAAAGCUACGGAAAUGGGAAAAUUCCCACCUUCAUUCCGUUCUGCAAUCUCAUCGACAUCACUCAUCAAGAACACACCCUCUCAGCAGCAGCAACAACCCCAUUACUUUCCCAAGAAACUCACCAAGAAAAAUUCCCCAAAACCCCAUGAAACUGAAACCCCACCACCUCACAAAUCACUCUUUAAAACCUCAUCUCUAAAUGAAGCUAAAAGUCUCUUCAAUUCCUUCAUUUCAACUACAAAAGCCCCGCUACUAGACAACCUUCGUUUACACAACUCUUUCCUUCAAUCCUACACUUCAAUCUCCACCCUCGAUGAUUCCAUUUCUCUUCUUGAUCACAUGGUCAAGACCCUCCCUUCCUUAUCCCCUGACCGAUCCACUUACCAUGUUUUGCUUUCACAGUCUUGCAGAGAACCUGAUAGUUCUCUAUCUUCUGCUCAGAAAGUUUUGAACUUGAUGAUUAAUAAGGGGUUUAAGCCUAAUCAAUUUACUGUUGAUGUCGCGAUUAGGUCUCUGUGCUCUGCUGGGAGAGUAGAUGAUGCUAUUUUAUUGGUAAAGGAAUUUUCUUCGAAGCAUUCAAAGCCUGAUACUUUUACUUAUAAUUUUCUUGUUAAGUGUUUAUGUAAGAGUAGGAUUUUCAACAGUGUUUAUAGUUUCAUUGAUGAAAUGAAGAGUAGUUUUGAUAUAAAGCCUGAUCUUGUUACUUAUACCAUAUUGAUUGAUAAUGUUUGUAAUGCAAAAAAUAUUCGUGAGGCUGAUAGAUUGGUGGCUGUGUUAAAGGAAUGUGGGCUAAAGCCAGAUGCUUUUUUGUACAAUACGAUUAUGAAAGGUUACUGUUUGUUGAAUAAAGGUAUUGAGGCUGUUAGGAUUUAUAAACAGAUGAAAGAGGAAGGAGUGGAGCCUGAUCUUGUUACAUAUAAUACGUUGAUUUUUGGGUUGUCAAAGUGCGGGAGAGUUAGUGAAGCUAAGAAGCUUUUGAAAAUUAUGGUUGAAUCAGGCCAUUUUCCUGAUGCAGUUACAUACACAUCAUUGAUGAAUGGGAUGUGUAGAGAAGGGGAUGUAUUGGGUGCGGCGGCAUUGUUGGAGGAGAUGGAAUUGAAAGGAUGUAGUCCAAAUUCGUGUACUUAUAAUACUUUGCUUCAUGGGUUUUGCAAAGGGAGAAGGUUGAAUAAGGGUGUUGAAUUGUAUGGGGUGAUAAAAAAGGGUGGUAUGAAGCUUGAGACAGCUUCUUAUGCUACGUUUGUGAGAGCUCUUUGCAGGGAGGGUAGAGUUGCAGAAGCUUAUGAGGUAUUUGACUAUGCAGUAGAGAGUAAGAGUUUAACUGAUGUAGCUGCUUACACUACAUUGGAGAGUACACUGAAGUGGUUGAAGAAAGCGCGAGAGCAAGGUCUUGCUGUAUAGAUGUUUGCCACAUGUGAAUAGCUAAAGGAAGAAAGUUCUUGAAGAUGAAGCAAAUGUUAUGCUGACAGAAAGAAAGGGAAUAUUAAAGUUUUUAAUUUCCACUAAAUUUCUAAUGAUUGGGAAACUAUAAGUAAAUAAAUCAGAAAGGGCAUCAAGUAGGACUGCUUUCUGUUUCUUUGGAAACGAUUAUGCUUGUUGAGAUAGCUUGCACAGUUUUUCCAUUAAUUGAAAAGAAGUUUCUGUUACCAGCUAAUGACUAUCGCACCUCUGUCCAAGAAGAAUUAAAUUUGGCUCUGUUAAUUUUAGUCUCAGUGCUCGACUCUCAUUUUGUGUGCAUGUCUCGUAGAACAAUGAUACUGGCUCUCUGUAAAGUCUCGAUGAAGUCCAUGGUUUGACAUUAAUUCUGGGUUCUUCUGUGUGCUUAGCUAUCUAAUUCUCGUACUUUAAGAUGGCUUUCCUGUUGUUUUUCCAAUAACUGCUUGUUAUCUUUAAAAAGUUGGAUUCGUUUGAUCUCCCUGUUAACCAAUUUUGACUCCUUUUUCUUCAAAAUAUUUUUCAAAAUUUCAGAAAAUGUGUUUUCGGCCAUCUGCGCUCCCAUUUUACGAUUCUAAAUGUUUUUUAAAAUCAAAAUCCAAAAAAAACCGCACUGUCGACUGCCACAUCACCGGGGGUUUCUACCUCGCCAACCCUGAGAGCUUCCCACGGCGACAAUAGCCCACACCAGCUGUGAUCCCACACCACAAUGGCAGAUUUCCAACUCUGGCAGCCAUACAUCCUCCAGCCUCCUUCCUAAAAAAAACCAUGGUGAUAGAUCCCUUUUCUCAACUGCCAUUAGCUUCUCUCACGACGACUUUCAUCUUCCCAACAGACCCUACCUUUCAUCUCCUCCUCACCGGCGUCAUCAGCCCUUGUAAUAGUAACUAUUGCUCAGUCAUUGUCUUCCUAAAAAAACCCACAUCAUUGUCUAAGCUCUUCAUUUCUUAAGCUAUCAAAUCAGCCUCCUUUGACCCAAUCUCACGCAGCCCUCAAAUCAUUUUCCUUUCCAAUCCAAAAACUUCAACUCGACCUCCUGCCUCUUAGUCCAAAUCUGCCUGGAAAUAGGUCCAAAUCACAGCCCCACAACAAUCCGAAACAUGGCCAAAGAACACUUGAAAUAAAGCCCAAAAAAUCUCAGCCACCAAUAACACCUAAAGACCCAUUGUUUCUUUAAUGAGAUUCUUUUCUUAUAAGUCGUGAUAAUAAAAUCAUUUUGGAAAAAUAAUUUUUAAGGAAACAUCAGACAUUUUUUUAUAUUAAAAACAUGUAUAGGGUAAUGAUUAUUUUUUUUCAAUACAUAACCAACUAUUGAGUAACACUAACCAGAUGGAGACUUAUUUUUCUAUUUUUAUCCUUUCUAGAUGUUGGUUCCCCCGAUGUCCCUGCCACAUCAGGGAUCAUUACGCCUUCUUUCCUCGUUGCUUUAAUUGGUACACUUCAUUUUAGUCAUGAUGACUGCGGUGUUUUGGCUACAAAUGUUCCAAAUUUAACGCCUAAAGUUUAAUUUGUUCAGCCGUCCUUACAAUAGUGCCAAGUGCAUCAUAACAUGCUGUUCAGCUAUGCAAUCUGAACAGAAAUAACAUGUUACUUUCCUGUUAUUUUCUC